UUCAUGUCUGAUGAAGACUGAUUUUAAAGCUUUGUUUUUUCUUCUCAAAGUCAGUCCAAGAAAUCUGCUUCACAUACACACAAGAAAAUAUGGAUUAUCAUUCAAUGUUUCUCCAUCAAAUUAUUUAAAUACAUAUAUACACAUCUAAAAAUAUCUGGUUUUGCUACCCAUGGAAGAAUAUUUUCAUGGGGUUUCAGACUUAACUAAUAUGAUAUAUGUAGCCCAAAAUAGCUAAUUUUCAAGAAGUUGGUGAGCAUCAAAAAUGGAUUCUGAAAGUCUUAGACGUAAGUUUACCAUACUACACUUACUGUUCAUGUUCUUCUUGGCUCCAUCCAAAUCCAAAGCCCAAGCUGGUACUACUCUUCCACAGUAUGAAGUGGAAUCCAUUAGAGAAAUGGCUGAACAAUUGAACAAGAAAGACUGGAACUUCAGUGACCCUGCUUGUAGUAGCAAAUCCACUACUGAUAUCCCACGUACAGGACCAAUCCCUGGCUAUUUAGGAAACAUAACCACUCUCACACAUUUGGUCUUGGAGAGCUACUUGUUUUCUGGAACUAUUCCCUCUGAGCUUGGGCAAUUGAACUUGGAAGUCUUGCGAGCAUACAAUUGUUUUUGCUUCCCAAUUUUUUGUUCUUCUUUGUAUUGUCUUUUCUUAUGGUUUUAUUUAUACUUGUUUGAGUAGAGCUACAUAAAGGAAAAUGAUAUUAAUUUAGCCUUUGAAAUGACGAGACUGCAGUAAUUUUAAUGCAAAACAAUCUCACUGGAGAGUUCCCUAUGGCUCUUAUUAGUCUCCCAAAGUUAACUGCGCUGUAAGUGACUAAGUGUGCUACAACUUUAUAAAUGUAAUAAUAAACAGUCAAUUAGAGUGGCUAAGUCUUGGUGUAACGUUUAUUUUCACGUGUUGUGUUGUUCUACAAGAAAUGAGCCAAGAUAUUUUGGUUGAAUAAUCAUCAAUACUAUGUCACUUUAAUCUUGACUCGUGUUCUUUCAUUGCAGUAGGAUCAGUGGUAAUAACUUCACAGGAAAUUAAAGAUGCCUGAGUUUGACAACUUUUUUCAAUCUCUGUGUUCUCUCUUUUAUUCUCGGUAAUUUAUUCAGUAAAUCAAGAUAACAAUGGAGAGCAAUAAGGUAUUUCAUAUACAAUAAAUACCUUACUGUAUAUCGACUUAGCCUUUUGGAUUAUUUAAUGCUCUUUUUGAAUCUGUGCAAUCAAGAGAUUUCUAUUGGCAUGUAUUGUUUAUAUCCGGUAAGCCAUGAAUUUUGGAUAAUAUGUAUAUAUAUGUGUGUGAAGAGAAUGUGUUGACUACUUUGAACAAUUCCAUUUUCUACUUCUGCUCAAAAUGUUUGCCGAAUUGCGAUGAUUCAAUUUUUGUCAGAUCGUAGCUAAGACCUCUGCUACUACUACUAUGGCUGUUCCUGUGGAAGAAGCCAUUGCGGCGCUAUCUACAUUCUCACUCGAUAAAAUUGGGGUGAACCUCGAUAAAAUUGUUGUCUUGCAUCCUCUCUUUAUUUUUCUUUCUUCUCUUCUGAUUGCUUAAACUUGUUGAUUGCUUCUGAUUUCUGAAUGGUUUGUGCAUGAGUUCUCGAAGACUUGUUCAACUCUGCAUAGAUAAAAGUCAGGUCAAAGGUUUUAAUCUAUCAGCUGAAUAUUCAUUGAACUCUGUGGUCAUUUUGGUCCACACACGUGAUUGUUGAAAGGUCAUUUGUGACCUUGGUUUUGCUAAUGAGUCUGUGAGUUGGUGUAGGGCAGAAAAGUCAUUUUUUCUUCCUACAGUAUGAUAUAAAUAUAUAUAUGAACAUUUAAGGCACUGCUUGUUUGUGUUGGGAAUGAUGAAUAUGGCUUCAUUGCAAUCAGAAUGUGUUACUGUGCUAUUACUAUUACUAUUUAUGCUCUUCAAAUGCAAUGCCCAAUCUCGUAUACCUCCCCUCGAUGAAGUGGAAGCUUUUAAAGAAAUAGCUAAGCAACUGAACAAAAGUGUUAAUAGGCACUUCGAUGAUCCUUGUAAUCUACCAGCUUCUAAUAAUGAAUAUGCAAAUGAAGUCAUCUGCGAUUGCGCCAGCUCUGCUAAUAAUGAAUGCCAUAUCUGAAGCUUGUAAACUACUCCUAGCUCACGGCUACAUAUAUAUAAUCACCAUGAUAGGAUUGGAGUUUUCUGUUGACAUGUGUUAUAUGUGCAGUGAUUUUUCAGGACAGAAUCUGGAUGGCAAGCUUCCAUCAUCACUAUGGAAGCUACCUUACCUUGAGGAAGUAAAUCUACAACGGAACUUCCUCAGUGGUUCGAUACCGCCAGAAUGGGCUUCAACAAAGUUGGAACGGCUGCUUAUUGACGUGAACAAUUUAUCAGGGCCAAUCCCUGCCGAAUUAGGAAACAUAACCACUCUCACAUAUUUGAGCAUGGAGAGCAACUUGUUUUCUGAAACUAUUCCCUCUGAACUUGGGAAAUUGGUAAACUUGGAAUAUUUGAAUUUAAAUGCAAACAAUCUCACUGGACAGUUCCCUCUGUCUCUCACCAAUCUCUCCAAGUUAUCCACGCUUAAAAUCAGCAGUAACUACUUCACAGGAAGGAUGCCUGAGUUUGGCUAUUGGAAACAACUUCUGACAUUAGAGAUGGAAGCAAGUGGUUUCAGUGGGCCAAUUCCUCCUAGUAUUUCUACCUUGGCAAACUUAAUAGAAUUAAUUAUAACUGACUUAAAUGGGGAGAACUUGUCAGAUUUUCCCGACUUGAGUAAAAUGACAAACCUUUCUAUGUUGACAAUGAGGAGCUGUAAUUUAAGAGGAAAUAUCCCUCAAUAUAUUCUCAAUUUGGGAGAGCUAACUGCCCUGGAUCUUAGCUUUAAUAAACUAGAAGGGCCACUUCCAAAUUUUCAAAAAUUACCUUUGAGUUUGAGUUAUAUAUAUUUAACAAGUAACUUACUCAGUGGGCCUAUUCCAGCGUGGAAGAACAUAUCCGGACAUGCUAUCAACAUAGAUAUAUCUUACAAUAACUUUUCGGAGAUAUCUGAACCAUCAACUUGUCAAGAUUUCAAUCACUUUCGAAGCACAUCUGGUCAUGAAAAUAGCUCAACGCUCAGCAAGUGCUUGGCUCCAUGUUCAAAAGAUUAUUAUUCAUUGCAUAUAAAUUGUGGUGGAAAAGAAACUACCAUAGGAGGCAUAAAGUAUGAACGGGAUGAGGAAGUUGUAGGUCCUGCAAAUUUAUUCCAUAACUCAGCCUACACUUGGGGAUUUAGCAACACCGGUCAUUUCAUUGUUUCAAAAAAUAUAAGGACAGAAUCUAUAGUAAAUAAUGUAUCUGAAUUAAGAAUGAACAACUCUGAGCUCUACACAACUGCACGCAUCUCGCCUCUUUCGCUAACUUAUUUUGCUCGUUGUUUAAGAAAUGAAAAUUACACUGUGAAACUACAUUUUGUAGAGAUAGUAUUUAGAAACGACAUAACUUUUGAGAGUGUUGGAAGACGAGUAUUUGAUGUUUAUGUUCAGGGAAAACGGGAGUUGUCAAAUUUCAACAUUAAAGAGGAAGCUAAAGGAGUUGAUAAGGAAUUUAUCAAAGUAAUUAACGCAGUUGUUGUGAGUCAUAACACAUUGGAGAUCCGCCUCCAAUGGACGGGGAAAGGGACAAGGAAUGCUCCAGAGCCAGGAAAAUAUGGGUCUUUAAUAUCAGCUAUCUCAAUAGAAUCUGGGGAAGGACAUUUGAGUAAGACCAAAAUCAUUAUCGGCCUUGUUGUAGCUGUUUCUGUUGGUACAGCAUUAUUAUUUGUUGUAGCCUUUGGUUUGGAUAGACGAAAAGCUAAGAGAAAAACUGUUUCUGCUGGUGCAGCAUUAUUAGCUGUUGUAGCCUUUGGUUUGCAUAGACGAAAAGCUAAGAGAAAAAGAACUGCAACAAAUAAUGAUUUGAUUUGGACAAGUACUAACUUGAAGAGAGGAGACGAUCAACCCAAACUUCAUUUUUUUGACUUGGAUAGCAUACUAAUGGCCACAAACAAGUUUAGUAUUACAAAUAAACUUGGUCAAGGAGGAUUUGGUCCUGUUUAUAAGGGACAACUACAUGGGAAGGAAGUUGCAGUGAAAAGACUGUCUAGCAGCUCAUCACAAGUGACACCAUUCAAAUGCAAUGCCAAAUCUCGUAUUCUUCCCCACGAUGAAGUGGAAGCUUUUAAAGAAAUAGCUAAGCAACUGAACAAGCAUGACGACGGGCACUUCGAUGAUCCUUGUAAUCUACCAACAUACUCUUCUAAUAAUGAAUAUUACACAAAUGAAGUCUUGUGCAAUUGCUCCAUCUCUGCUAAUAAUGAAUGCCAUAUCAAAAGCUUUUCUUUUACAGGACAGGAUCUUGAUGGCAAGCUUCCAUCAUCACUAUGGAAGCUACCUUACCUUAAGUCAGUAAAUCUAAAUCGGAACUUCCUCAGUGGUUCGAUACCGCCAGAAUGGGCUUCAACAAAGUUGGAAUCGCUGGCUAUUAGUGUGAACAAUUUAUCAGGGCCAAUCCCUGCCGAAUUAGGAAACAUAACAACUCUCAGAGUAUUGAACAUGGAGAGCAACUUGUUUUCUGAAACUAUUCCCUCUGAGCUUGGGAAAUUGGUAAACUUGGAAUAUCUGAGUUUAAAUGCAAACAAUCUCACUGGACAGUUCCCUCUGUCUCUCACCAAUCUCUCCAAGUUAUGGGCGCUUGGGAUCGGUAGUAACUACUUUACAGGAAGGAUGCCUGAGUUUGGCAAUUGGAAACAACUUCAGAUAUUAGAUAUGCAAGGAAGUGGUUUCAGUGGGCCAAUUCCUCCUAGUAUUUCUACCUUGGCAAACUUAACAAACUUAAGAAUAACCGACUUAAAUGGGGAGAACUCGUCAGAUUUUCCCGACUUGAGUAAAAUGACAAAACUUUCUAAGUUGACAAUGAGGAGCUGUAAUUUAAGAGGAAAUAUCCCUCAAUAUAUUCUUAAUUUGAGAAUGCUAAAUGGCUUGGAUCUUAGCUUUAAUAAACUACAAGGGCCACUUCCAAAUUUUCAAAUAUUACCUUUGAGUUAUAUAUAUUUAACAAGUAACUUACUCGGUGGGCCUAUUCCAGCGUGGAUGAACAUAUCCGGAGAUGCAUCCAUGAACAUAGAUAUAUCUUACAAUAACUUUUCGGAAAUAUCUGAACCAUCAACUUGUCAAGAUCAUUUCAAUGACUUUCACAGCACAUCUGGUCAUGAAAACAGCUCAACGCUCAGCAAGUGCUUGGCUCCAUGUUCAAAAGAUUAUUAUUCAUUGCAUAUAAAUUGUGGUGGAAAAGAAACUACCAUUGGAGGCAUAAAGUAUGAAGGGGAUGAGGAAUUUGGAGGUCCUGCAAAUUUAUUCCAUAACUCAGCCAACACUUGGGGAUUUAGCAACACCGGUCAUUUCAGAAAUACUAAUCAAGAAGUGCGAGAAUAUAUAGUAAAUAAUAUAUCUAGAUUAAGAAUGAACAACUCUGAGCUCUACACAACUGCACGCAUCUCGCCUCUUUCGCUAACUUAUUUUGCUCGUUGCUUAAGAAAUGGAAAUUACACUGUGAAACUACAUUUUGCAGAGAUAGUAUUUAGAAAUGACAGAUCUUAUGAGAGUGUUGGAAGACGAGUAUUUGAUGUUUACGUUCAGGGAAAACGGGAGUUGUCAGAUUUCAACAUUAAAGAGGAAGCUAAAGGAGUUGAUAAGGAGUUUAUCAAAGUAAUUAAGGCAGUUGUUGUGAGUCAUAACACAUUGGAGAUCCGCCUCCAAUGGACGGGGAAAGGGUCAAGGAUUGUUCCAAAGACAGGAAAUUAUGGGUCUUUAAUAUCAGCUAUCUCAAUAGAAUCUGUGGAAGGACAUUUGAGUAAGACCAAAAUCAUUAUCGGCCUUCUUGUAGCUGUUUCUGCUGGUGCAACAUUAUUAGUUGUUGUAGCCUUCUGUUUGCAUAGACGAAAAGCUAAGAGAAAAAGAACUGCAACAAAUAAUGAUUUGAUUUGGACAAGUACUAACUUGAAGAGAGGAGACGAUCAACCUGAGCUUCAUUUUUUUGACUUGGAUAGCAUACUAAUGGCCACAAACAAGUUUAGUAUUACAAACAAACUUGGUCAAGGAGGAUUUGGUCCUGUUUAUAAGGGACAACUACAUGGGAAAGAAGUUGCAGUGAAAAGACUGUCUAGCAGCUCGUCACAAGGCUACGAAGAAUUUAGGAAUGAAAUAAUAUUGAUCUCCAAACUGCAACAUAGAAAUCUUGUUAAGCUCAUUGGUUGCUGCAUUGAAAAUGAAGAGAAGUUAUUAAUAUACGAGUUCAUGCUCAACAAGAGCUUAGAUACUUUUAUUUUCGAUGAUAGAAGAAGGGUAGAGCUUGAUUGGGUCAUACGAUUCAACAUUAUUGAUGGCAUUGCAAGAGGUCUUGUGUAUCUCCAUCGCGAUUCCAGUUUAAGGGUGAUCCAUCGAGAUUUGAAGGCCAGUAAUAUUCUAUUGGAUGAGAAGAUGACUCCAAAAAUUUCUGAUUUUGGAUUAGCAAGGAUUUUUGAAGGCACGUUAGAUCUAGCAAAUACUCAUAGGGUGGUAGGAACAAUCGGCUAUAUGUCUCCAGAGUACGCAUUCAGAGGAAUCUUUUCGGAAAAAUCUGAUGUGUUCAGCUAUGGCGUGUUACUACUAGAGAUAAUAAGCGGGAAAAAGAAUACUAGCUUCAAGGAUGAGGAUCAAUACCAAGGCCUUAUUGCAUAUUCAUGGAAGCUAUGGAGUGAAGGCAGAGGGAUAGAGUUGGUGGAUGAAGCAUUAGGCGAGUCAUAUAAUGAAUCAGAGGCAUUGAAAUGCAUACACAUUGGGCUUCUGUGCGUUCAAGACUUUGCCACAGAUAGACCAUCCAUGGCUCAAGUAGCUUCCAUGUUAAGUAACCAAAUAUUUGAUCAACCUCAACCCAAACAACCUAUUUUUACUUUUCAAGCCAGCAGUAGUAGUUAUGAUCCUUCUACACAAAGUGGUAGCAGAUGCUCUGCCACUAUAUCAGUGGUUGAACCUCGAUAAAAAUAAAAUUUAAUGCAUAUAUGAUUUAUACAAUUCAAUAUUUUGGUUGAAAUUUUGAUAAAACUCAUGCAAUUUGAUGCAUUUAAAUGGUUCCAUAUCAAAUUUGACAAUUGUUUUAGUGAAAUAUAGCUUUGCAACGGAUUUUUAUCA